AUGUCGAUUGAUCGCCGGAUUAAGUCUUUGAAAACGAGACAGAAGAGCCUAUUAACUUCGUUCGGUCUGAUCAAAUCCUUUGUAGACGAAUACACAGAGGCAGAAGGAGUACGUGAAGUGGGUGUUCGUCUCGAACAUCUGAGGGAGUCAGCCUCGGACCUCCAUUCAUUGGUCGAAAAAUUUGAAGCCAAUGUCAAAGUGCUUCAGCAGCUCGGUGAGCGAACCGAGUAUUGGGACAUUCUGUUAAUCCGCAUGUUAAGCAGCCGAUUGGAUCCCACUACAAGGAGAGAUUGGGAAGAACAUUCGUCAACGCUUAACGUCAUAUCCUUUUCGGCUCUUACAACUUUCAUUCAACGUCGAGUCACCGUUUUGCAGUCUAUCGGGAAGGCGAAUGAUGGUCCAUCAUUGCCAAUAGCAAACAAGAAGCCAACUCAACGUGCUGCCGCAAAUUAUGGAGCCAACACAAUGAGCCAACGAAAGUGCAUCGCUUGCUCAGAUCGUCAUCCACUUUAUCAAUGUGUCGUGUUUUCUAAACUGUCCGUUGAUGAGAAGGAACGAGAAGUUCGGAAGUAUCAGCUCUGUCGGAACUGUCUUCGAAAGGGUCAUCUAGCCAAGGAAUGUCCAUCCUCAAGCACUUGUCGAAAGUGCAAAGGACAUCACCACACUCAGCUUUGCCAAAGUUCCGGUCUUCCAGCCUCGAAGUCUAAUGAAGUCUCCGAAUUCAAAGAGAACCCGCUUCAUCAAUCUGUCGAACAACCCUCCGCAUCAGUAUCAGCAUCACUUGACGAGCACAGCAGUUACGCGACGGCCGGCCGCAGACGAAAAAGUGUACUUCUCGCUACUGCCAUUGUCAUCAUUGUUGACGACCAUGGAAGGGAACAUACAGCCAGGGCAUUGCUUGACUCGGGCAGUGGCAAACGAUCUUCCUUCCAACACAGUAGAUGCCUCAGACUGGAUGAUCCUCCAGGCAUUCAGCUAGCAGAUCCUGCCUUCCAUCAGCCCAACCACGUUGACCUCAUAUUGGGAGCAGAAAUAUUCUUUGAGCUGUUCAAUGUAACAGGCCGAAUACAGCUUGGGAAUGGGUUACCAACUCUCGUGAAUUCCGUCUUCGGCUGGGUCGUUUCCGGGGAAACCACACAGCGUUCAAUCACCACUCCAAUCGUUUGUAAUAUUGCCACCGUGAGUGAUAUCAACAAUCUCAUGGAGAAAUUUUGGUCCAUCGAAGAAGACAGCGUUCGUUCUUGCUACUCUGUUGAAGAAAUUGCGUGUGAAGAGCAUUUCCGCCGAACAUUUUCUCGAAAUCCCGACGGUCGCUACAUCGUGCGUCUUCCUGUAAAAGAAGAGGUGAUCGUAAAUCUCGUUGACAAUCGCCGUACUGCUAUUCGUCGUUUCCGGUUACUGCAAACUCAACUUGCGCGAAAUGAAGAACUCAACCAACAGUAUUGUGACUUUAUGAACGAGUAUUUGACAUCGGGUCAUAUGCAACGCGUUGAAGAGAAUCAAUCAUCUCCGAGACCAUGUUAUUAUCUACCCCAUCAUGCUGUCGUUAAAGAGGACAGUACCACCACAAGGGUACGAGUUGUUUUGACGCGUCUUGUCCCACACCAAAUGGCCCAUCUUUAA